UUUCCCGCGCAAGUCAUCCAUUUAUCUAUCCAAUACACGUCAUCAAAUUUUAUUUUCAAAAGGAUAAAAGGCGGCUCAUUUUCCGAGAUAUCGCUCUCUUCAAUUUUCUUCAACCUAUUUACCCCACAGCAGACCAUAAAAGCUUUCCAGGAACGUUAGAAAAUGACCACAGCCACGCAAGACAUAAAAGUAACUUGCCAUAAUCACGUUCUUAAAGGUUCAGAAGCCAGAUCUGAAGAUGGUCAUCCUUGGAGAAACUGGAAAAUUUCUCUCGUUGCUAUGGAUAAUGGUGAAGAAGUCAAAGGAAAACUCUCCAUGAUUCUUAAUUACAUUCAAUAUAUUCUACAUCCUACAUUUUCAGAGCCGCAUAGAACCAGGAAAGUUGAGCCUUAUGUUUUGCAAGAGAAAGGUUGGGGUGAAUUUGAUCUGAAGAUUGUUCUUUACUUCAAGAAUGAUAUUGCAAACCCUCAAGUUCUGUCCUUUGAUCUCAACUUUGCGCAACCUACCUACUCUAAGGUCAUUACUCUAGAGUUUCCCAAUGCUUCUAGCGAGCUCAUCGAGUUAUUAUCUGGUGAACCUUCAUCUUUUUCAUCAGAAAUAUCUUCUCCAAAUGCAAGCCGUCCACGAAAGGGUGGUAAGAAACCAUAUGGUGCUACUAGGAGCUCUUCUAUUGACAAGUCAGGAAACCUAUCUCCUGCUGCUUAUCAAAACGAUAUUGAUGAAGACCAUGAACAUUAUCAAGGCCCCUCAAAGGUUAGCGCAACCAAGCAACAUUUGCCAUCAAGAAAACGUAAAAACUCGUAUACAGUUACCAAAGAAGAGGAGGAAAGAGCUGCUCCACGCUCAAGACGACGCUCCGCUGCUACUGUCAAUACUGAAGAAAACUAUAACCGAUAUCGUGAACAACCCCGUACUGCAUUUAAACCAUCUUCGCCAUCAAGUAAAAGGAAGAACCCAUUCAGCUCUGCACAAGAAGAGGAGGAAAGAGCUGCCAGACGUCCCAGACGAACUUCUGAUAACAUAGCUAUCAAAACAAAUGAAGAAGAACAUCAUCAAUUCCCGGAACAAUCUUUUGAUAGUAUUAGCAAUGCUAAGUCAUCUCGCAAAGCAAAAGAUUCAGUUACUGUUACCCAGAAAAAAGAGGAUAAAGCUCAUGCGCUUUCAAGAAAACCCUCUGAUGCCACAACUAUUAAACCUACUCAAGAAGGCCAUGAUCAAUAUCAAGAACAAGCUCAUAAUGCAAUGAAAACGCCUUUGCCGUCAAGCAAAAGGAAGAAUUCAUUUAUUUCUACCACGGACAAUGAGGAUGGAUCAAGUGUAUGCUCUGACGCGCCAGUAACAACGUCAGAAACAUCUACAAAUGUUAUAUAUACCUUAAAGGAUGUGUAUGGAUUAAGUUUCGUUGAUCAGGCUGAAUUGUCCAAAGAAAUAAAGCAGCAACUUGAUAUACCAGUCCAGGUGGAUAUGCUGGAAUUGGCCAAAAGAUUUGUUACGCUGACACCGGAACAAAAUGAAGAUUUCCAAAGGUUGAUUGUGGAAUAUGCAACCGACGAUGUCAUAUUAAAAAAUGGUCCUGAUGGUAGCAUACAAUUAGAUCUUUUCUCUUGUAAUAGAACAUUGCUGGCAAAAUUGUGGGAUUUUGUUGAGGAACUAAACGAAGAAGAUGAAGAAGAAGGCUAUGAUCUUGAUGAUUCACUAUCAGAUGAUAGUAUUCUUGACCCGAACUAUACGGCUCCUUAUUUAUUAUAGAUAUUAAAUAUCUAUUUCUUUGAAAAAAUUGUUAUUAGAUCUUAUCAAUUCUAUAUUAUAACUGCAUGUUGAAAAACCAAGUUCUUCUUUAUUAGUAGUGAGUGAGCUAUUCUUCUCGGUUUCGGAAUGCAGAAAAAUAGUGUCAAAUUGAGGGUUUUAGCCAUAAUUCAUAGGUCACUUCAAGUGAUACAAAUAUUCUUGUUUUUGCAGUUUUAAGAAAAAAAAAAAAAAAAAAAAAAA